AUGCGACAGUUGCUCGGGGAAAACAACCUCCCAGAUCGCAUCCUGAAACAGAUUUUCGUUAAGCGACUGCCUGCUAACACGCAAGUCAUUUUGGCAUCUGCGAAGGAGUCUACCACCAUAGAGGAACUUGCAGAAAUGGCCGAUAGGAUUGCUGAGUCGACAAACCCCUUUGCUACCGUUGCACCAGUAGCAUCUUCGACCAACCCUUUCACCGACCCUCCGAAAUCCUCUGAGAUGUUGGAACUACGCGCGUUAAUAGCGCAACAGUCUGCACAAACCCAGACACUUGCAGCACAGUUGCAGGAGUUAACUGUGCGUGACCGUUCAUCUCGCGACCACAGUCCAUACCGGCAUUUUAAUAGACGCCGCUCCAGAAGCCCUAGCGCCACUCGCCGUUCCGGAUUGUGCUUCUACCACGCGAAAUUCGGAAAGGACGCACAUUCAUGCAGGCCACCCUGCUCAUACAAGAUCAACAUCCCUCAUAGUUCGGGAAACGACCAAGACAGGACAUAA